CCACGGCUCCCGAACAGCUGAAAGUGUUGUGUUUACUUCUUGAGUGAUCGAGACGACGUUUGUUGGUGCUCGCGAUAACACCUUCCAAGUCGCCCUUGAGAGGAUUAACCCGGAGUGACUAGAGUGCUUCAUAGAGCACAGAGACUGGCGUGAGUGAGCAUGUCGGGUGCUGGGAGCGGAGAACGCGAGGGCAGGAGCAGCCGCCGCCCCAGCCCCCUGAGAGCCACCGUGCCCGUGCAGGCAAUGCAUCGAACAAGCCCACUGAGACUGAGGAAUAGGAUUUCUCCAGACACUGAAAUUACACCAGGUCUGGACCUGAGCACUGCUCUAACAUGCAAAGGUCGGGUGCGGACGGGUCGAGGGAGUCCUGGUGGCGAGGGGAGCGCGCUGAUGCGACGCACGGCCUCACUGGACACCAUCUACCUCAAGGGACAGUGGCCCAAGGACGACCAACCCUUCACACAUCUGCUGCAUGUAGACAAGGCUUCACAGACCCCAGAAGAGUGGGUCACAAGCUGUUACAGCGGACUGAACUUCGGAUGGUCCGUGUGUGAAGAAUCCAAUAACAGUGGCAGCAACUCUAGUAGUAGCAGCAAUAGCAACAGCAGCAGCAGACGCCAGUCAGUGUCUGUAGCGUCGUCUCCAUGGCUGACUAGUGGGAGCCAGGCUCCUCCAGCAUCAGGAGAACAAAUAGACAAAUUUAUUCGACAUCGGCUGCAACGAACUAACAAAGAAGGGACAGUUAGUAGUGGGUUACGCUACAGUCCUGUACAUGCUGAUCACUCCGUCCUUGCACCAACUCCCGUUCACCCAAGACACCAUGCCCUCCAACAUGCAAAUGGUGGGUCCCGUUCCAUCCCGAUACCACAACUGCCAAAACCACUGCUUCCUCCUCGGUUGCGCAGCUCUGUGGAGGGUCUUAACCAGGAAAUUGAACGCCUCGUCUUACGCCCGUCCCACAUACCUGGGGAUGACGUAGAUGAUGUGUGGGGUGAAAUUGCACGUGAUGGCCGGAGAGCACCUAUUGCCGAUUACCUGCGGUUCACAAGAAGUAUCGAUACUCAGACACCCGCCCGAGGGUCAACAAUAUCUGCAACCAGUUCUAACCACACGUCACCAUCCCUCUCCCCGCCAACUUCUCCGCCACCUUGCCAGGAUGCUUCCAUGCCAACUUCAACUCCAAGCCCAACUAGUGCUCCAACACUGGCCACUUCCCCACACAUAAACAAGUUUUUAGCUCGGGAGCCACCUGAUGGCUGUGAGAGAGUGGCUCUCAAGCAGCAUGAAGACAGGUCAGGAGCAACUCCAAGAGGUGUAUGGUCUGCUGUUAGACCUCCUGGUGCUUUCACCCUGCGGCCCAGUCAAGGAUCAGCUUUCUGUCCACCUGAUAGGAUAGGAACCGAAGAUAUGUGUGGAGCCACAUCCCUCCAUGUAUGUCGGCAUCACACUGAUGACGAGAGCGAAUUGUGUCCUGUGUGCGGCAGUAGUAGUAUUAGCGGUCCUAGCGGAUGUCCUGAAGCUGGUAGUCCAGACCAGCAACAUGAACCACAGGCCUGCCAAUCAUUAUCAAGUCAAUCAGAAACCUGUGAAGCUGGUGUGUGUACUACAGUCCUUGGUCCUGCCAGCACAAGUAUAGGGGCAUCUCCUGAAGUCACUGCUGAUCAAUAGCGAAGGCCAUGUUUUAGCACAUUUUACAAUUAUUUUUGUCAUCCUGCAGUUUAACAGUUAUCUUAAAAAAAGUGGUUCAGACAUUGUGGUUCUUAAUAGACAUUAUAGUGAUUCGUGAAUAUGCUUACUGAGUAUUAUUUGGUAUGUAUUAAUGUACACAGUGUAUUAACUUUCAACGUGAUUCAGCAUUUCCAAGGCAAUUUUGUACGUAUAUCCCAAUGUUGCAUACUGUUCACCUAGAAGUGAAUAAGCUCCCUUACAUCUCAGGAUUUAAUGGAUAAGUAGCCACUAUAAUGUAGACCUAAUUGACACAUUGUAGGGAACUGCUCAUGUACUUACUCUUCGUCCUCCUGGUGGGGGACCAGUUGACUACCCUCCUGCAAGGGAAACAUUGACUCUCCUGUUGAAUGAAACUGGUGUAAUCACUCCCAAUGCAGGAACUAGUGUAAUCUUUUCUUGUCAUGGGAACUAGCAUUAUCAUCUACAAAAACCUGGGAGAAUCUUUCUAAUAAAGGAAGUAACUCUUGCCCGUGCUUAGAAAGUGUAAAACGAAUUCUUUAUUCUGGUGAAUUAGAUAAGUUUUCUAUGUUGAGUGUAACACAUGUUCACCAUUCUGCCAAACAAUCAAUACAACUAUUCUCUUCAUGGACUAUAACUGCCUGCCUGCAUACACACUCUGGACCUUAAUAAAAACUAUGUGAUAAACCUAAUUAUUUACAACUUGUCUGAAUACUCUUGAAGAAAAUCCUUUAAUCACCAGCAUAUUGGAAGACUGGCAUCACAUCUGGCCGAGGAUAAUAAUCUGUGAUAUCUGUUACGAGACUGGUUUAAAAAUUAUGGUUCCCGAAGCAAUUUUUAUUAAUCUGGCUAAAUGAUGUUUGUAUGUUGUGCAUGUUUCCCUGCCAGCCUGUGUGUUUACUCACCUGAUUGUGCCUGCAGGACCGAGUGUCGGCUCUUAGACCCUGCCUUUUCAGCUGUUGGUCAUCUAAUGCAAUGGCUUUUAGCCCACCAGAUUUGUCAUACUGUAUUUACUUUUAAAGCUCUAGCAAAUUACGAUUUCUUACUACUUUUAAAAACAAAAAUGUUUCCCUAAUGUUCUUUUGGCACACCUGUGCCUAGUUUCCAUUCAUGAUCUCUUGUUAUGACUUAUUAAAUGUUUAAUUUUA